AGAUAAGUGCGCGUGAGAGACUGCAGGCAUCUCUGUGAUCUCCGGGCUCAAGGCUGUGCUCGGCGCGCAUCACCACCUCCACCACCUCGUCGUCUAUGACGACUUUCGCAGCGCUUUCCACGCCACUUUUCAUCCUUUCUUUCUUGCGGUGCACUUUAAUUGCGGGAGCUCGCCAAGAUGAUGUCCAUGAACAGCAAGCAGCCGCACUUCGCCAUGCAUCCGUCCCUGCCCGAGCACAAGUACACCACCCUGCAUUCCAGCUCGGAGGCGAUCAGAAGAGCGUGUCUCCAAACUCCACAGCUGCAGAGCAACAUAUUCGCGAGCUUGGAUGAGACGCUGCUGGCGCGGGCGGAGGCUCUGGCCGCGGUGGACAUCGCGGUGUCCCAAGGCAAGACGCACCCGUUCAAGCCGGACGCCACCUACCACACCAUGAGCACGGUGCCUUGCUCGUCCACGUCUACGGUGCCGCUCGCUCACCACCACCAUCACCACCACCAUCACCACCAUCAGAACCUGGAGCCUCCGGACUUAAUGGACCACAUCACGUCGCCGUCGCUGACCCUGAUGUCCAGCGCGCACGACGGGACAGGCGGCGGUGGAGGAGGAGGUGGAGGCGGCGGGGGUGGCGGCGGCGGCGGCGGGGGGCUCAUCUCCCCCUCUUCCCACCCGCACGCUCACAUGCACGGCUUGGGUCACCUCUCCCACCAGGCUGCCAUGAGCAUGAACUCACCCCUCACCCACCACGGGCUGUUACCGGGCCACCACGGCGGGAACCAGGGCGGCCCGGGCCUCACAAACGCGGGGCUGCCCUCCAUCAACGACUCGGACACGGACCCUCGGGAGCUGGAGGCGUUCGCGGAGCGCUUUAAGCAGCGGAGGAUCAAACUCGGGGUCACCCAGGCGGACGUGGGCAGCGCCCUUGCGAACCUCAAGAUCCCCGGCGUGGGCUCCCUCAGCCAAAGUACAAUUUGUCGUUUCGAGUCGUUAACUUUGUCCCACAACAACAUGAUCGCGCUGAAGCCGAUCCUGCAGGCCUGGCUGGAGGAGGCCGAGGGCGCCCAGAGGGAGAAGAUGAGCAAACCGAACAUUUUCAACGGCGGGGAAAAGAAACGCAAGCGGACCUCCAUCGCGGCGCCGGAGAAGAGAUCUCUGGAGGCGUAUUUCGCCGUGCAGCCGCGGCCCUCCUCCGAGAAGAUUGCGGCUAUUGCGGAAAAGUUGGACCUGAAAAAAAACGUGGUGCGAGUGUGGUUUUGUAACCAAAGACAGAAGCAGAAGAGGUUGAAAUUCUCCGCUGCGCACUGAUAACCACAGAAAACAAAACAACAGCAACCAUAUAAAAGGGUGGCACAAUGAUAAGGGUUCUUUUAUUAAGGUUUGCAGUGGCUCCAAUAUUGCAGAUAUGACGGGCUCAUUUAUUUAUGCCCCCUUCACUGUAGCACUAAGCCAUUUAAUUUGAACUGAAAGUCUUCUUUGCAAACUCAUUUUAAUGACAUGUCUUGAGAAUACGCACCCAUCUUUAAGUUUACAAAGUAAUACUUUCCACCAUCUAUAAACAAAUAGAACGUGUUCCCUGGUCAACGGAAACGCAGCGCAGAGCCCUGCAUUGGAGCCGUUUGUAAACCUUAAUAGAAGGACUUUUAUUGCAGUGUAUCGUGACGGACUUUGGGGACCAAGAGACACAAGACACCACCUCGGUCUUUUGUCUCCAGCGACUUUACACGUUGGUGCACAAUGGGGCUUUGUCACCCCAUUUGAGACUUCAUAUAUCUUGUUUAUUUUCACGUUAUCGGUGAAUGUGAAGUAUGCAAAUAACACACAAAUUUCGCUCCGUUCUUACGAGGGAAAGUUUUCGUGACAUUGCCUUUUGAAAAACAAAAUUUGCUUGAAAAUAUAGCGAGUUGAUUUUAUCCUGAUAUUAUUUGAAGUAUAGCCAUUUACAAAUUACCUCAUUGAGUGUCGAGCUAUGUUUUGAUUUAUUUAUUUGUUGUUGGUAUCGAUCAUCCACUCUUUGUUAUUUAUCUAUUUAUUUAUUUGGACUCGAGUUUCGUUCACAAAAGGGCCUGCAUGAAAUCCUACUUCACGGGCAGUAAUUCAGCCGUUGUUGGCUGUCACAUUUAUAGAUAUAUUUAUUUAGAAUUUGCACAAAAAAAACUAUUGAUGGAAAUGUUUUGUAUAUACAAACAUCACUUUAUCACUGAGGCGAACGUCUAUUGAUAUUGGCAUCGCGAUUUAAGGACCACAAAUUCUGGAAACAUGAAUCAAAGAACAGAAAAAAAAAUAAUGUGUCGUGCAGACUCUCUGUGCACGUGAAAAUACAGAAUCACACGAGGAGUUAUCAAAUUGUCCCAAGCGGAUGGUCACUGUUAAUGGAAUGUUUUCACAUCAAGACCGCUGUUCGUCGUGUUUAUUGUAAUGUAAGUGGCAUUUUUUUUGUGCACAAGUAUGUUUACAGAACCGCAGUGACAUGAGCAUCAUGAAGAAGAUGACGCACACUGUCUACUUUGCUGUCACACAAUUUUCCACCUCGCCUAUGUUCCAUUACUGUUAUUCAUCCUGUUAGCCAAAAUCAACCCGGGAGCUGUUUCAGCAAUCUUCUAAUAAAUUGAAGAAAGAUACUAUU